AACUGAAAUCGGAGUCGACUCCAAAAUGUCUGGAAUCGAACAGUUCCACUCUUUGUACUGUGCACCGUUGCUCUCUGCCAACCCCUACACGGACCCCAUUGGUUCAGUAGACUGCACUACUCGCACACACCUACUGUUCGAAGUUUUACAUGUGCGGAAACAGCGCCUGUUGUCGACGUGGAGGAAGAUUCAAAGCUUGAGCUCGUGCGAUUUUGUAACAGUGGUGUUUCAUGCAGGACUGACUUGUUCGUCAGAGGUGCUCGCUCGAAACAGGAGCGAUGGACACAAGCGAGACACACUCCUGACCUGCCCUGUCUGGGUUUCUUUCCCCAACACGUUCUGCUGUGUGACCGCCGAAAUCAUGGAUGGCAGGAGCGAGUUUGGGCCUGUAACUCGAAGCAGAAGACGCGCCACUAUCAGUAGCACUAAAGGUGAACUACUGAAAGGGUCCAAUGGAGUCUCCUCAGCCAGCGCCAGCAAACCAGGACACAAGAGAGGAGACUCAUACACGAAGGACUCAGCGGAGGAAGCACGAAAGAGUAGCCGCAAUGAUAACAUGAAUUGCCACAAGCUGCAAGAGUCUUUGCUCAGUUCUGCUAGUGGCUUCAAAAAUUACAGGGGCAUUCUGAACUGGUGUGUUGUCAUGCUGGUAUUGAGCAAUGCACGUCUGUUCUUGGAAAACCUUCUCAGGUAUGGCAUUCUAGUGGACCCCAUUCAAGUGGUGUCUUUGUUCCUGAAGGACCCCUAUAGCUGGCCUGCUGCAUGCCUCGUCAUUGUUUCAAAUGUCUUCAUUCUUGUGGCCCUGUACACAGAGAGGAAAUUAGCCAUGGGUACCUUCAGUGAGAAGCUUGGCCUGCUGAUUCACAUUAUCAACCUAACAGUUAUCCUGUGUUUUCCAAUGCUCACUGUGCUCAUGGUGCCUUCAGUAACACCAGUUGGUGGUGCAUUUGCACUGGGAAGCUACACCAUCCUGUUUCUGAAGUUGUACUCGUAUAAAGAUGUGAACAGGUGGUGCCGAGAGAGGCUGCAAGUGAAGGCCCGUGGUCUGUCCAGAUCAUUGUCAUGUCCAUCUCCUCCAUCGGCUGAUGGAGCAGUGCAUGUGUCUUACCCUGGAAACCUCGCUUUCAAAAAUUUGUAUUAUUUUGUUUCUGCUCCCACUUUAUGCUAUGAGCUGAACUUUCCCCGUUCUCAGUCCGUGCGUAUGGGUUUCCUGCUCAGGAGGCUGUUUGAGAUGUUACUUCUCACUCAGCUAUUGGUUGGCUUAACACAACAGUGGAUGGUGCCAAUCAUACAAAGUUCAAUGAAGCCACUGCAGGACAUGGAUUACUCCAGAAUGAUUGAACGCCUUCUCAGGCUUGCUGUACCCAACCACUUUCUCUGGUUGAUAUUCUUCUAUUGGUUUUUCCAUUCAUCUAUGAACUUUGUGGCUGAGCUUCUGAGAUUUGGAGAUCGAGAAUUUUACAGAGACUGGUGGAACUCAGAGAGUGUAACAUAUUUUUGGCAAAACUGGAACAUCCCUGUUCAUAAAUGGUGCAUUCGGCACUUUUACAAGCCCUUGCUGAGAAAAGGUGCUAGCAAGUUAUUGAGUCAAUCGGCAGUAUUCUUCGCCUCAGCCUUUUUUCAUGAGUAUCUUGUCAGUGUGCCUUUGAGGAUGUUCAGACUGUGGGCAUUUAUGGGCAUGAUGGCUCAGCUCCCAUUGGCGUGGUUUGUGGGCAGAUUUCUCAGGGGUAACUAUGGAAACGCUGCGGUGUGGCUGUCUCUCAUUAUAGGCCAGCCAAUUGCUGUUCUUAUGUAUGUCCAUGACUACUACGUCAUCAACCACCUGGAGGAAGCAGCAGAUCCAGGGGCACUGUAGAGCUGCAGCGAAUCUGAGGCUACCAUCCCAGACUCUCAGCUGCCAUCUCAGAAACUGCACCUUUUGACAUGUUUCUUAAAAAAAAAAAAAAAAAAAAAAAAAAAACUCUUCAUGGGGAACAAUAGCCGUCCAUUCUAAGGAGUGGAGUUCAGUGGAAUUCAGCACUGAAAGUGAUGCCUUACUGAGAUAACAUUGAAUUCACUACCAUAUAAAUGUACUGUAUCUUUCUUUGUGUUAAAUGUUAAAAUGCCAUGUACAUAAUUUUUUUAAAGAAUGUGUUUAAGGGUAAUUUAUAUAAUAUGAGGUACUUUUGCAAAGGGACAAAGUCUUAUACACAAAUUGCCAUUGUAGAGAUUCUUUUGAUUUAUUUUACAUGAGAAGAUGUUUUUCAUUUAAUUUUUAUCUGUUCAUUUUUAAUGGAAUGGAAUAGUUGUUUACCCAUGUAAUCUGUCCCACUGAGCUCAUGUAGGUGUGGAGUGAGAAUUCAGAUGCUUAAUUGUGUGAACUCAACAAAGUCAGGGAGUGCCACCUACUGGUGUCUCAUGAGGCAUAUAAAGCCUUGUGAAUGAAGCUCUUUGGCCAUGUAAUUAUUCCUUUAUGUGGAGACAUUCAUCAAACAUAAUUAUAUUCCACAGAAUACCGGACGUGUUGUAAUCUCCGACUGUGCUAUUUUCUGCAGAUUUGGUCCUUUUGGAGCCAUUUGUUUUCGGGAUGAUGAGAGUGCCCGAUCCAGCCCAAUCAGUGCAAGUUUGUGAUAAAUGGCUUUGGAGAUAAGUCCUAUAAUAGCUGCUGGUUGUACUGUAUAAGCGUCCUAUCAGCGGUGCAAUGACGCAGUCAUGCUUUAAGACUGCACUAUCUUAAAGGCUGAUUGGAUGCUACAGCACCAUGCUCUGUUUAGAAUACACUGCCAUAGGCUCGAGGAGCAUAGCGUUGGAAGAAUGAUUACAGUACAGGGAAUCAAUGCCAUUGAUGCAGAGAUGCAGUUUAUCUACUUAACCAGUAGGGCUAUGCCUUACAUCAAGUUUAGUGUAUGUCCUAAAGUUUUGCAGCUCAGAGUAUUGCUUGCCAAAUCCUGUAGGUGGAGUAAUAUAAGGCCAUAGAAAGAAUGUGGAUAAACUCUUGUGUUUUUUAAAGACGUUCGAUUUUUAUUUGCUCCAAGCUAAAUAAUAUGAAUGUGUACCUGUAUAUGUUUUAAUCCUGUUUUCAAGUUAUUUAGAAGCAAUGUUUUUGUACUUUUUUGACAGUUUGACAGUAGCAUUUCUCACUGACCUUGAGGAGCAUCAUCACCUUUGUCAGUUAGGAGGAUGUUAAGGGUCCAUGUCCCCCAUUAUUAGUAGUUUUAUGCAUGAAAAGGAGCCAUAAUUCAUUUUACCUUUUUCUAAGGCUAAGCAAUAAAACAUCUAUUCUAGCCCA